AGGAAAAUCCCGCCUCCCCUCUUCCUUUUCCUUUUCCUUUUCCCCCAAUCCAUUAACAAGCCAAUCCAACUCACCUUUACACCUAAGUUAUAUAUAUAUAUAUAUAUAUAUGUCUACAUAAAUAUAUAAAUAUAUAAUAAAAUGUGCCACCGAUCUCUUGACACAACUCAGGAUUUUCCUUCACCACAGAUCCAGAUUUUUUUCCUGGAAAAUCCUUACACUCAUCUCCUUUCUAGGGAUUUUCUUCUUUCCUUCCUUCCUUCUGGACUUGGCUUCUACAGGUUUUAUUUCCAGAAUCUGUUUUGUGCUGGAUUUAACAACUCUAUGAGCUGUGGAAAGAAUUGAGAUUACGAGAAAUUAGGUUUUUACAAUGAUGAUUGCUUCCAGUAUUCCAUUCGUAAGAAUACUAACCAGCUCAGAUGCUUACAGCCCAUUUAUUUUUGGAUGGCUGGUUACUGGAUCAUUUGGAUUUCUAGCUGUUAUAUAUGCAUUCCUUAAAUGGCAGAGAAAGACUUCUCUUAAUUGGGUUAAAGCUGCUGCAAGAGCAAAGAAGAAAGCUAGGAAGAAGCUAAAAGUUCCUUUAUCACAUCAUACUUGGAUGGAAGAUUCUGCUUCUGGUGGACAGCCAUCUACUUGUUGUGUUUGCUUAACUUCCCUAGUGUCUCCACAAACCUUAGGUACAAAAGCAGCAUCGUAUAGCCCUGUCCAUCGUUGCUCUGUUUGUGGAGUAGCAACUCAUUUUCAUUGUUCUCAGUUUGCAGCAAAGGAUUGCAAGUGUGUAACGCAAGUUGGUUUUAGCUAUUUGCAACACCACUGGUCGGAAAGAUGGGUUAACAUGGAUGACAAUCCUGAGGCGUCUGCUUUCUGUUUUUACUGUGAUGAACCUUGUGGCAUUCCUUUUCUUGAUGCUUCUCCAACGUGGCAUUGCUUAUGGUGUCAGCGUCUUAUACAUGUCAGAUGUCAGGCUAAAAUGUCUGAAGAAUCUGGUGAUGUUUGUGAUUUGGGUGCUCUUAGGAGAGUUAUCCUUUCCCCCAUGUGUGUGAAAGAAGUUGAAGGUGAAUCAACUGGAAGUGGGAUCCUGAACUCCAUUAAGGAAGAACUUAUUGCCUCAUCCGGUCGUGGACAAAUUCGAAGAAGACGGCACAGAAACAAACAUGGAAACAAUCGUUCUGUUAAUGGAAAGUUACAUGAUGAUUCAGCGGCUAGGAAAGCACUGCAGUAUGUGUUCAAUGGGCUUGUUGGCUUUAAGAAUCCAAGUAAUGAGAAGCACAGUGAUCAGUUCUUGAAUGAUGGUGGAGUGCUCAGUAAAAAUGGCGUCCAAAGUGGGUUAAUCCUUAAAAAGCAUGAAAAUGCUGUCUGGGGUCGAGCUAAGAAGUAUACAAUUGUAGACUUGCCACAGGACGCUAGACCUCUUUUAGUCUUCAUUAAUACCAAGAGUGGAGCUCAAAAUGGGCCUUCCCUUCGGAGGAGAUUGAACAUGCUACUGAAUCCUGUGCAGGUUUUCGAACUCAGUUCCUCCCAGGGACCUGAGGAUGGUUUAGAGAUGUUUAGUAAUGUACAGUAUUUUAGGGUUUUGAUUUGUGGUGGAGAUGGUACUGUUGCAUGGGUUCUUGAUGCAAUUGAGAGGCACAAUUUCGAAUCACCACCACCUGUUGCUGUACUUCCUCUGGGCACAGGAAAUGAUUUAUCAAGGGUUUUGCGAUGGGGAGGUGGGUUCUCAACAAUUGAAGGACAAGGCGGCUUGAGCACUUUUUUACAUGACAUCAAUCAUGCAGCAGUUACAAUGCUAGAUCGUUGGAAAGUUAAUAUUAUAGAUGAUAACUCAGAUAGUGAUCCAAGUAAAGUGCAAUCCAAAUUUAUGAUGAACUAUUUAGGGAUUGGAUGUGAUGCGAAGGUUGCAUAUGAAUUCCAUGUGACUCGGGAAGAAAACCCUGACAAGUUCUACAGUCAGUUUGUAAAUAAAUUGCGAUAUGCAAAAGAAGGUGCAAGGGAUAUAAUGGACAGAACUUGUGCCGACUUACCAUGGCAAGUUUGGCUUGAAGUUGAUGGGAAAGACAUCCCAAUCCCAAAGGAUGCUGAGGGUUUAAUUGUGCUCAACAUAGGCAGCUAUAUGGGUGGAGUUGAUCUUUGGCAAAAUGAUUAUGAGCAUGAUGAUGAUUUCAAUCUUCAGUCCAUGCAUGACAAAACGCUUGAGGUGGUAUGCAUUUCUGGAGCAUGGCACCUUGGCAAACUUCAGGUUGGACUUUCACAAGCACGGAGGCUAGCCCAAGGGAGAGUAAUUCGAAUUCACGCUUCCAGUUCGUUUCCAGUUCAAAUAGAUGGGGAGCCUUUUAUACAGAAACCCGGCUGUUUGGAGAUAACACAUCACGGCCAGAUGUUUAUGUUGAGGAGAGCAUCAGGCUCAGAGGAGCCAAGAGGUCAUGCAGCUGCAAUUAUGACAGAGGUAUUGGUCGAUGCCGAGUGCAAAGGCCUUAUUAAUGCCUCUCAGAAGAAGUUACUUCUACAGCAGAUAGCCCUCCAGCUCGCCUGAUUGAUUUCUUCCUCCUCCACACCCAUUCUCUUCUUUCCUCACCCGUCUCUGUUUUAGGUAUGGAUUUUCUGGUUCUUACUGACUUUGCCCCACCAAAUGCUCACAGUUGUUUUUUUUCAUUCCAAUUUUAUACUACACCUUUUAGAAUUGGAGGUACUUCUUGUAAAACCACGGAGAGAGAGAGAGAGAGAUAGAUAUAUAGAGAGAAAACCACAAAGAUCAAAUGAGAUAGGAGUUUUAUUGUAAGAGUAUGAUAUGAGAUUCAAUAUUCGGCGAUUUUUCAUUCUUUUACAUGAUUUGAUGAUGUGUUCUGGAUUUGAAUCCCAGUGUUAGUCAAGAGCAAUUGAUUUCUAACCCAAUUCAUGAUACGUUGGGUUUUUAUCCAAUCCAUGUGAAAAAAAAAAAAAAAAAAAAAA